CAAUUUUCAUUUCUCAUCGUCAAUGACCCCAUUAACCAGGUUCUUCAAUUUUCAACUUUCAAAUGAAAAGUUCCAAACUUUAUCCUCGAAUUACACUUAAACCAUAACCCAGUUUUCUUUCACUAUUUAAGGGCUCCUACCUCCAGAACCAGGUUGGCAUGGCUGCCAAGAAGGCGUAUGAGUCAUUCUCAAAGUCUUUGAUUGAGGAAGUGCAUAGAUGGGGUUGCUUGAAGCAGACAGGAGUAAGUCUGAGGUACAUGAUGGAGUUUGGGUCCAAACCCAUUUCCAAGAAUUUGCUGAUUUCUGCUCAGUUUCUUCACAAAGAGCUCGCCAUUAGAAUUGCCAGAAGAGCUAUUGAGCUUGAGAAUCUUCCCUAUGGUUUGUCUCAAAAGCCUGCUAUUUUGAAGGUUAGGGAUUGGUAUCUGGAUUCUUUCCGUGAUCUCAGAGCCUUCCCUGAUAUCAAGAAUAUGAACGAUGAAAGAGAGUUCACUGAAAUGAUUAAGGCCAUCAAAGUGAGACACAACAAUGUGGUUCCUACAAUGGCCUUGGGUGUUCAGCAAUUGAAGAAAGGAAUGGAUCCAAAGAUUGUUUACGAAGAUCUUGUCGAGAUUCACCAGUUCCUUGAUCGCUUUUACAUGUCAAGAAUUGGGAUCCGAAUGCUUAUCGGGCAGCAUGUUGAGUUGCACAAUCCCAAUCCUCCACCCUUUGUCGUUGGUUAUAUACACACAAAAAUGUCUCCUGUGGAGGUGGCCACGAAUGCCAGUGAGGAUGCUCGUGCUAUAUGUUGUCGUGAAUAUGGAAGUGCCCCUGAUGUCCGAAUUUAUGGAGAUCCUGAUUUUACUUUUCCGUAUGUUCCAGCUCACUUGCAUCUUAUGGUAUUUGAGUUGGUUAAGAACUCCCUGCGUGCUGUCCAAGAACGUUUUAUGGAUUCUGAUAAAGUUGCACCCCCCAUUAGAAUCAUAGUUGCUGAUGGGAUAGAGGAUGUUACCAUAAAGGUCUCAGAUGAGGGAGGUGGAAUUCCAAGAAGUGGUUUGCCUAAAAUUUUUACAUAUCUAUAUAGUACAGCCAAAAAUCCGUUGGAUGAGCAUUCAGAUCUUGGAAUAGGUGAGAAUGUGACAAUGGCUGGAUAUGGAUAUGGACUUCCCAUUAGUCGCCUAUAUGCUCGGUAUUUUGGAGGUGAUCUUCAAAUAAUCUCUAUGGAAGGAUAUGGGACUGAUGCAUAUCUCCAUUUGUCUCGUUUGGGAGAUUCACAAGAACCUUUGCCUUGAAAGCUCUUUUCAGUCAGAGUUACCUUCAGUAACUCAGUAAUCUUGUGCUAUGGAAAAACACCAUUGUUCGUGUCAAAAGGGGCUAUAUGCAGUCAAAUUUUUAAACGUUUUAAUAAUUUGACAAAAUUUCUUGUACAUAUGUCAUACAUAAGAUUGUGCAUGGUGAUUGCCCCUUCUUUACCUUUAGGAUCCAGCUUUGAAAAAUUAUCCUUUCUUUUUCUAAAAUGAAAAUUGAAUAUGCCCUUUAUCUUAAAGAAUCAAUGCAUGUGGAUGAAGAUUAAAGGUGAAGAAAAAUGGGCCAUUUUGUGGGGUCCAAUAGCAAUCCAAAUAAAUUGCAUCUUAUUUCCUUCAAUGCAGGACCUGAUGGGUCACUAUCAGGAAAACAGGGUCACCCCAAAAUGAUAAGUGGAAUUAUUUAUUGCUA